AUGAACAUCUUACCUAAAAAUUACGGUGAAUUUUAAUCUAAGCAAUAUUGGGAUAAGUUCUUCCGCAAACUUAAAAAGCAAAACGACAAAAAGGAUAGCGAGUUUUUUGAAUGGUAUGGUAAUUUCAAGAACUUUUAACAUAUCAUUAGUCAAAUCGUUAAGGAAGACUAAAAAAUAUUAAAUAUUGGUUGUGGUAAUUCCUUAUUCUCAGAAGAUAUGUACGAUGGUGGCUUUAAGAAUAUUGUCAACUGCGAUUUCUCUGAAGACGUUAUUAAAGAAAUGUCUGCAAGAUCUGCCAAAAUCAGACCCGAAAUGAAAUAUGAAGUAGUAGAUAUCUUUAAUAUGACUUAUGCUCCUAACUCUUUUGAUAUUGUCAUGGAUAAAGGUCUCCUUGAUGCUGUUUAUCCUGAAGAAACUGAAGAAAAUACUACUAAGAUUAAUAAGUUCUUAUAAAGUAUUGUUGAUAUACUUACAGCAAAUCCUAAUUCUAGAUACGUUUGCAUUAGUUUAUUACAAUCUCACAUUUUAAACACUUUGCUCACUUUCUUCAAUUCAAAGAACUUUGAGAUCACUAUACAUGAAGUUCUUAUUGAAAAAUCUAAGCUUUAUCCUUUCUUAGUUGAUAUUAAGAGAUCUGAUAAUCCAACUGCCACUCAUAAUAAAAUUAAUCUUCAUUUAAAGAACGAAGCUGAGGCUAAGCUCUUACCUCCUCAAGAAAUUAAGCAUUAAAUCAAUCGUAUUCAAACUUAAAAUAGGUUUAUGUCUUAGGUUAAAAAGUGUCAUGCUGGUUAGCGCUUUUCUAUAGAAGUUUGGGAUCCUAAAGUACCUAAUGCAAAGGUUCCUAAGUAUACUCUUCAUGUAGUUGAUUCAAAUAGCAAAAAGAUUUUAGAAAACAAAACUUGUGGUUGCUUCAUUACACCUUAAGGUAAAGAGCAAAGCUAUAUCUCUAGCACAGAAAAAGGAAAUUUCGAAUUAUUAGAGCAAGCUGGUUAUUCAAGAUUAAUUAUUGCUAUUUUGAAUCCUGGUUACGUUUUCUCUAGCAUGAAGGAAGUUCAAGAUGAACUCUGCCCUGCUGUUAAUGACUUGAUCCCCAAAGGAUGCAAGAAUCUUCCUGUUCCUUUCAUUACAGAUGGAGAUGAAAUAGGAGACAAGGAUGUUAUUGCUUAAAAUGAAGAAUUUAUUAUUGAAGAAAUCCUUAACGAAGAAGGCCACGCUCUUAGAAGAUUAGUUUUGAAAAAUAAUAUUUCUGCUAUCCAAUCAUAGUAUAAAAUGACUUAUUUUUCAGCUAAGAAUAGACCUGAUUUAGUCGAAUAAAAUAAGCUUACAAAGAGCAUCCUUCCUCCAAAGAAGAAUAUGGUUAUUGGAAUUGAUGAAAGCUAUCUCGAUUUUGAAAGCCACAGAGCUAUGAUUGCUGGUUUAUCAUUGCUUGGAGCUGAUGCAUUUGAGAAGAAAGAAUUGAACAUUCUCGUUUUAGGUGCUGGACUAUGCGCCUUAAGCAAGUUUAUUUACAACCACUUUGCUAACACUAAGCUUAAUAAUAUUGAAAUUUCUAAGAAUAUUGUUGAAGCUGCUAAAAUUCACUUUGGAGUUGAUAAAGACCCCAGAUUCAAAAUUACUAUUGAUAAUGCUUUUUCUUACAUUAAAAAUCAUACUGUCAAUGAAGAAGCUCCUAAAGUAGAAAAGGAAGGAUCAGAAAUCGAAGAAGCUAAGGAAAGCAAGACUGCACCUAAAAAGAAACAAUAAUAUGACAUUAUUGUUAUUGAUAUCGUUAGCCCCUAAGAAAACUAAGCAAGUCCUCCUGAAUAGUUCUUACAAGAAGAAUUCCUUUAAAAGUUAUAAAAAUUGCUUGAAAAUAAUGGCUUACUCAUGAUAAACUAUAUAGGUACUCACUAAAAAGAAUGUGAUACUUUACUCUAAACUAAACUCAGCAAAGUUUUCGAUUUAAUUUACAGUUAUAAGACUGAAAAUGAAUUAAAUGAUGUUCUCUUUGCAGUUAACACUAAAUUCAAAAGAGAUGUUAAAAUCGACAACAAUAACCAAAAGGAAGAACUAAUUAUAGUCGAAAAAGAUUAAAUCAAGUAGAGAAAAGAACUCGAAAUCAACUUUAAAUAAAUUAUGAAAAAAGCAGUCAAACCUUGGGAUUUCACAUUAAAUAUUGAUACUUUAUGCACAAAAUUGAUGCUCAGAUAUCCUUAAAUUAAUACAAAUACCUUAACUAGGACAAAUGUGUACGUAGACCAAGGAGACAAUAAAAUGGUUAAUUCUACAAAGUAAUAAUAUGAAAAUGACUUAGGAAAAGUCCUUAAGAAAGAACAAAAGAAGAGCAAAAAUAAAAAGAAAUGA